UCUCGAAGGCGACGGGUUGUAGUUUUCGUUUUGGCCGGAAAGGCUUACCUGGGCUUUCCUUUGCUGAGAGAAAUAGAGAAUGAUUCGCGGAGUUGACUUGUCCUUAUGUGAAUGGGAGCCAGAAAACCUUGAGAACUUGGAAUCAAAGAGUGGCUUCUUCUUCGACGUGGACAUGGCACAAGAGAAAAUGGAACUAGACUUGGAGCUGCUGCCAACUUCAGCCACCACAGACAACACGCUGAGAAGAUCCAACAGCGCCCCUUUGAUCAAUGGGCUUGGUGAUAACUCACAGGUGUUCCAAGCUGACACAUUAACAACUCGAAGAAAUAGCACAACGUUUAUGACACAACAUUGUCUGGCCAAUGUGAAGCCAUUGAAGAAUUCUAAGUCUGUGAUUGACAUGACCAGAUUCACAUCUUUGAGAGAUGGCUGCCGAGUGGAAGAAGGUAUGGAUUUAACAAAUAGAGAAGCAAUGCAUGAAUGGAAGGUACAAACUGCAAUACAGAUAAGUCGGUCUUGGGAAGCAAGUUUGAACCUGCAAUGUUUGCCUCCAUCGUUACAAACUUGUGUGGGUUGCACCACUUUGCCUCCAAGUCCUAUUCCUAAUCCUGCACAACGAUUUACAGUGUGAAAUAUUUGAAGAUCAGCCAAAGAGGAGUUUCUAUGGCACAACCAACGUGGUUUCUUCUGAUACUACCCAAC